AGAGGCGCACCGCCAAAUCGCGGCUGCUGGCAAGAGGGAGAGGGAGACGAUCGAUGACGAUCUUGCGAAACUAGGAGCCUGCUGGGAUCGAUGUGCUCAUCGUGCGAAGAAUAUGUACCGCACGGGGGUGUUUGAGGAACCGGUCGGACCACCUUUUCCUGAUGAAGUUGAUCAGGCUUAUCCUGUGUACGGUGGAGUUUGUGAAAUGGACAUGAGAAAAGAGAAGUGGUGGGUUGACUACGACAAGUGUGCAAAACUUGCUGUCCACAAAUACAACUCUUACUUUAAGGGCACACGUCUUGGUGAACUGGAGUUCAUCAAGACCUUGAAGGUGAGUUCUCAGAUUGCUGCUGGGAUGGUGUUCAUCGUAACCUUUGAGGCCAAGCAUCUUGCUGCUGUUGGAGCCAACGUUAGGACCUAUCAAACAAAGGUGUUAACCUGUGGGCCUAGGUCUACUUGGUGGGUGAUGUCUCUUACGCUCGAACCACCUAGCAAGGAUGGUGAACAAGGUUCAGGCAAAUUUCAUGCACAAUGUUUCUGGAACGAAGAGGGGUUCCCUCCUUGUUACUGAGGACUUCCAUUAGCAAGUUAUUUUCAGGCCAAGUUCAAUGCAAUGAUAUUUCAGGGGUUGCUUAUGGAGUUUUAAGAAGAUAAUGAAUAUCUAUUAUAUAUGAAAAUAAGCUGAACAGAUUAACUACUCUUAAUGAGACAGGGAGGCCAUUUGUACUGAUACACUUAACUUUUACUUUUUAGACACAUUUGCCUGUUUGUUUUUUUGGUGUGGAUAAGCAAUUAGUAUUUGGAGAGAUUUAUGUGCCUAUUCUACUGGGCGUAUCAACUAAAAGUCCAUAUGCUAUUAAUGACAACCGUUUGGAUUCUUUGGUUGGUUUGAGCCUAUACCUUUUAAAAGACAGUCUGUUGCUGUAGGUUCGAAUCCAGCGGUGAACCAAAGGUUGAAUAUUUGGUAAUUGUGCCCUUUAUGUGUUGUUUAGGGUUUAAGCUCACUAUUUUCUGGGCUCGACUUUGAAUUGGCUUGAUUUCGUGUUUCUUCUUGAGUGUGAUUUCAGAGUAGCACUUAGCUCCAAGACAUAUUUUAAACACUUCAGAAUUCGCUGGUACUUUGUAGGAGAUUGUGAUAGGCUAAUUAUCAUGCACUUUUUUCGUCAGCUAGGCUGUGUUUGGAUCUUCGGUGUUGGGGACAAGAAAAGGGAGGAAAAGAGAGCCGUAAUUGUGGACUGGAAUAACUGGAUAUCAGUUGAUUCUCUAUUCUCCUUCCCUUUUCUUUUGCCUUCAAAAAUCUCUCCACUGAGGAUCCAAACACAACCUUAAAUUACAGGGGUUUCAUAUGACAAGCACUAGAGAAUCAACCCCCAAGAAUUACUAUUAUUUUUGCCACUUUUUAGCUUUGUCUUAUGUUUAUGUCACGCAGCACCAGUUUCUUCAUUUGAAUAUGGAUUUUGGGUCCUUAUUAGGCCUAUGUAAUCUAUGAGAAUAUUACUAUGGGAUUCAUUAGACUAUACUAUGAUUGUCUGUAGUGAUUAUCUGCCAUGGAGAUUACCUAACCCGUUGUUUAAGUUGAAGGAUUCUAUUUUUAUCUGAAUGGUAUGGUUGUUGACCAAUAGUGGUCAGAUGUCUCUUAACUUUUAUGAGUUUUAUCUACCUUGCUAUGAUCAUCAAGUC